AUGGUGAAGCAGUUGGUGGAGGAGCAUGAUAUUUGUAAGCAAGCAAAAACAAAGAAGGUGGCUUAUCCUAGACUCUUACAGCUAUUGCCAAUACCUGGUGGAGUUUAUAGAGACAUUAUAAUGGGUUUUGUGGAAGAUCUUCCAAAAUCUGAAGGUGAAAUCCCAGCAUUCUUCUCUCAAAUCUCUCCUAUUCGCGUUUCGAAUCUUAGAAAUAACUCUAUUGAAGGGCCGAUCCCAAACAGUUUAUCGAGUCUUGAAAGUCUUCAAAUAUAUCUUUCAAACAAUAACCUUACUGGACAAAUCUCUGCUAGUUUAGGAGAACUCACUGGAGUGAUACAUGAUCCCAGCGAUGAAGAUAUCUUUUCCUUUGACCUUCUAUACUUUGUUACUUACAAACCUCUACUUCACCCUGACAAAAUAAUUAGAAAACCAAGAAAAAUUAUGGCUGUUAUCUGGGAAAUGGUAUCUUCCCUUCCAGCACCUCGGCAGAUAUAUACUUCCUUAGAUCUAUCAAAGAAUCAAUUAUCAGGCGAUGUUCCUGAUAGUAUUGGAGAUCUGAAAAGCUUGAAAUUGCUGAGCAUUUCCUAUAACAAACUCUCGGGAAGAAUACCAAUCAGUUUCGGCGACUUGGAGAGCUUAGAAAGUUUAGAUUUGUCGCACAGCACUCUCUCAGGAGAAAUACCACAAACGUUCGAAAAGCUUGUCCAACUUACUGUUUUGGAAUUGAGUGACAACAAGCUAAAGGGACGCAUUCCGAAUGAUCCUCGGAUACAUUCAACGAUCAAAGUUCUUAUGCUAACAAUAGUGGGCUCUGUGGAAUGCAAAUUCAGGUACCAUGUGAGAAGGAAUCGCCGAGGAUGA